CUUGCGCUUGCGCGAAGAGAUGACACAACUUAAGCCUCCGAGGCGGCGGUUGGGCCCUAAAGGCGGCGCUGGGAGAUGACGCGAAUGCCGCGCUGAAGGGAGUCGUGGAGUGUAGCCAUGGCGUGCGGCGGCCGAAGGCCGGAGCACCGCGGGCCCCCUGAGCUGUUUUACAACGAGGAUGAAGCCCGGAAGUACACUCACAACUCGCGGAUGAUUGAGAUCCAGACCCAGAUGUCGGAGCGGGCAGUGGAGCUGCUCAGUCUGCCCGAGGACCAGCCCUGCUUCCUGCUGGAUGUCGGCUGCGGCUCCGGGCUCAGUGGCGACUUCAUCUCGGAGCAGGGGCACUACUGGGUGGGCAUUGACAUCAGCUCCGCCAUGCUGGACGUGGCUGUGGAUCGAGAGGUGGAGGGAGACCUGCUUAAGGGGGACAUGGGUCAGGGCAUUCCCUUCCGGCCGGGCUCAUUCGAUGGCUGUAUCAGCAUCUCCGCUGUGCAGUGGCUCUGCAACGCCGACCAGAGGAUGCACAACCCCGCCAAGCGCCUGCACCGCUUCUUUUCAUCCCUUUAUUCUGCGCUGGCCCGAGGAGCUCGAGCGGUCUUGCAGCUGUAUCCAGAGAAUGCUGAGCAGCUGGAGCUGAUCACAACCCAGGCAAUGAAGGCCGGCUUCACUGGAGGAAUGGUAGUGGACUUCCCCAACAGCACGAAAGCUAAGAAGUUCUUCCUCUGUCUAUUUGUUGGGCCUUCGGGUGUGCUGCCCACGGGCUUGGGCACUGAGUGUGGAGAUGAACAAGAGAGGAAAGAGUCCAAGUUCUCCAAGGAAAGGUUGCGGUAUAAGACAGCAAAGGGGAAGUCGCUGAAGAAGAGCCGGGACUGGAUACUGGAGAAGAAGGAGCGGCGGCGACGGCAGGGCAAGGAGGUGCGAGCUGACACACGUUACACGGGCCGCAAACGGAGGCCUCACUUCUGAGCAGCUGCUCGCGUCCUCUGGACCCGGCUCAGGGCUCGGCCCCAUUGCCCUUUGGGCCGCUCAUCUGCUGCUUGUCUGCCAUGGUCCGGCGGCUGUGGCCCCCAGAAGUCCGCCAUUGGAGCCCCAAGGCUUGUGGCUCUCCAUUUGUGCCUUAACUUUGCUGACCCAGGAGGUGGGGACUGGCUCUAGCUUCUGCCAAGGAGUGCGUGGGGCUGGAGGCCUGGGACUGGUCUGCUCCUGGGCCGGGGCUUGUGUUUGCAAGAGCCCGCCCCGCCGUGAAAUGGCAUCCUGGGCACGGGGUGGGGGGGCUUGGGUAGUGCAAGGUUCCUGCAAGAGAAGACUCGGAUUGUUUCAUCUUAUUUUUGAAUAAAAUACAACUUGGCAAAAGUGAGA